AUGGCUCCGCCGUUUCCAUGCGCCACCAUCGAGCUCGACUACCCGCUCUACGCCCUCGACUUUGAUCCCGAGGAUGCGAGGCGCCUUGUUGUCGGCGGCGGGGGCGGCGCCGGCCGCUCUGGAGUCGGCAACAAGAUUACGGCUCUCGAGGCGCCCGCGCACGAUGAGCUGCGCGUAGCGGGCGACAUCGAGCUCUCCCGUGACGAGGACAGCGUCAUGUCCCUCGCGGUCGGCGGGCAGAGGGGCAAGUCGACGCGAGUCUUGGCCGGCGUCAACUCGAGCCCCGCCGACCUGGCCAAGGGCACCAACCACCACCUGCGCGUCCUCGCCAUCGACAGCAACCAGUCCAGGACGCGCUCGUCGCCCUCGGCAAAGAACUCCGACGCCAGGGUCAAGGUCGCAGAGCUGUCGCGCACAGCCCUCUUCGCCAACCCACACCCGGACACGUACCAGCGCCUACUGCGCAUCGCCGGCCCCGUCGGCGCGGCCGCCUCGGCCAUGGGCUCGGAGCCGCAGAUUGCCGUCUUUGAGACAGCCGGUGGUGCUGCUGCGCGACCCAAGAUGAGGGGGCUCAUGGAGCUGCCUGCGGAUGCCGAGGACUUGGACAUUGUGCAAAAGGGCGAAGACGAGUUCCAGCUGGCCUUUUGCUACAAGCAUGAGCUGCACGUCGUCGACAUUGGCAAGCAGAACAGCGACCCGGAGCUCAUCUUCACCAUGCCCGACGACCACGGCCGCCGGCCCGUCUUUCGCUCCAUCCGCUAUCUCUCGCCCGACUUCAUCCUCGCCGCCGCCAACUUGCCCGGCAGGACCGGCGUGCUCAUCCAGGGCUUCCGGCUGCCCUCGCCCGGUCACGAAAAGGCCAGGAUCGCCGUCACGGCCCGCAUCCCGCGCAAAAUCGCGGCAACAGCCCUGGCCGUCGCCAACCUGUCGCCUCCGUCGCCAUCGUGGGGCACCCCGGGCAACACGCAGUUUGUCGUCGCCGUCGCCGGCCACGACUCGUCCAUAUCUCUCUACACGCUCGAGCACAGGCCGUCGACGGUGCUCAACCUCCUCAUCGACCUCCACCCGCUGUGCACCCUCGUUGACGUCCACGGUGCCGCCAACAUCACCGGCCUGGCCUUUUCGAGAUUCGUCACUCCAAAGACGCACGCCCGCGCGCAGUUCGUCAAGCUCGCCAGCACCUCCCUCCAGAAGACGGUCGCCGUGCACAGCAUACCUCUCAAGAAACACGUCGACGGGGCGCCGCGCAACAAAAAGGGCCCGCCCCGACCCGUGCGGUACGUCGUGGCGAUGCGCUCCCGCAAACCAUCGUCCCGUCCCAUUGUCAUCGCCCUGGCCCUCAUCGUCCUUGUCAUGGGCAUCGUCGGCCAAGCCGUCAUGGAGGCGUACGGCAGGAGCCAGCCCGCUCUCUUCGCCCCCACAUUCCUCUCUUCGUGGCACGGCACGCUGCGUUCCCCGAAGCUCGAGCCGUUGUCAUCGCCGGCGGGUAUCCUCGACAACGUCCUUGUCUCGAGGCUGAUGGGCGGCGGCGGCGGCGACGCCGUUAAGACCCCUCCCGCGGCGGGCGAGACCAUGGUCCUCUUCGAGGCGCCGCAGUCCGAGUCGGAGCGGCCCGGCGCGCAGAUCCAGGUCGGCGUGCACGACUCGGCGGUGCACGGCCCGGCUCGGACGUGGGACGAGCUUGGGGCGGAGCAGAAGCGCAUCUGGCAGGAGCGCCUGCGCGAGGCCGGCGCGUGGUCGCAGGGCAUGGGGGAGAGCGUCUUCAAGGGAAUUCUGUUUGGCGAAAUUGCCGGGGCCAUCGGGCGCGCCAUGGAGGGCUAG